UACUAAUAUUUAGCUGUCAAAGUAUCGCCAUUACUCAUUUUGUUAGAAAACUUAAUUAAACUUAAAAAUCUAAUGAAUUAGAACAUAAAUAUAGACUUUGACUAUCACAAAACGUGAAUUAAGUUUUGUUUUAUCACUUCAGUGACAAUUAACAUAAACUUAUGUGUUUGUAAAGCGUAAUUAUUCACAUCCUGUGUGUUACACUUCCUUUCGGUAUUUCCUUGUUUUGAAACGAAAUAAUCAUGUCUGUGAGUGAAAAAGUGUCGUUAUCAGAUGCGCUGAGUAAUGUGGAUGUGCUGGAUGAGCUUACUUUGCCUGAUGAACAACCAUGCAUCGAGGCGGCUCCCUGCUCCAUCCUCUACCAGGCCAACUUCGACACCAACUUCGAAGACCGCAAUGGGUUCGUCACCGGCAUUGCUAAAUACAUUGAGGAGGCUACAGUACAUGCCAACUUGAACGAGCUGCUAGAAGAAGGCAACGACCACGCCGUAAUGCUGUACACGUGGCGCUGCUGCAGCCGUGCCAUACCGCAGCCGCGGUCCAACGAGCAGCCUGACCGGGUCCAUAUAUACGAGCGGACCGUGCAAGUGUUGGCGCCCGAAGUCGAUAAACUGUUGCAGUUUAUGUAUUUUCAGCGUAAAGCAAUAGAGCGCUUCUGCGGCGAAGUCCGCAGACUGUGUCACGCGGAGAAGCGGCGAGACUUCGUGUCGGAGGCGUAUCUGCUGACGCUCGGCAAGUUCGUCAACAUGUUCGCCGUACUGGACGAACUCAAGAACAUGAAGAGUUCCGUCAAGAACGACUAUUCUACUUAUAGAAGGGCCGCACAGUUCCUGAAGGUGAUGUCGGACAGCCAGAGCCUGCAGGAGUCGCAGAACCUGUCCAUGUUCCUCGCCACGCAGAACAAGAUCCGAGACACCGUGAAAGAUGCCCUGGAGAAGAUUAACGGUUACGAAGAGCUACUGGCGGACGUGGUAAACAUCUGCGUCCAUAUGUUCGAGACGAAGAUGUACCUCACGCCGUCUGAGAAACAUAUGCUUGUCAAGGUAAUGGGUUUUGGCCUCUUCCUAAUGGACUCCGAAGUCUGCAACAUCAACCGACUGGAUCAGAAAAAGAAGAUUCGACUAGACCGCAUCGACAGAAUAUUUAAGAACUUGGAAGUGGUGCCAUUGUUCGGCGACAUGCAGAUCGCUCCGUUCAACUACAUCAAGCGGUCUAAGCACUACGACAGUAGCAAAUGGCCACUAUCUUCAAGCCCCAACCCGCCGUCUCCACAAGCGGACCUGAUGGUCCACCUGCCUCAGAUACGCGAGGAGCAUCAGAACUACAUCUCCGAACUAGCCAGAUACAGCAACGAGGUAACAACAACAUUCAAAGAAGCGGGUUCGGACGCGGAGAACAAGGCGGUCACAGAGCUAUGCUUGCGCGGGCUGCAGCUGCUAUCCUCGUGGUGUUCCGUGCUCACUGAGCUGUGCUCGUGGAAGCUACUGCAUCCUACUGAUCAUGCCAGCAAUCCCCGCUGCCCCCCUGAUGCGGAGGAGUAUGAGAGGGCGACACGCUACAACUACACGUCAGAAGAGAAAUUCGCGAUGAUAGAAGUCAUAGCGAUGAUAAAAGGCCUCCAAGUCCUGAUGGCCCGUAUGGAAACAGUGUUCGCGGACGCGGCGCGGCGCUCCAUAUACGCCGAGCUACAGGACUUUGUUCAGCUCAAACUGCGCGAGCCGCUGCGGAAAGCUAUCAAGAAUAAGAAGGACUUGAUUCGCAGUAUAAUAGUAUCAGUGCGCGAGACGUGCGGCGACUGGGCGCGCGGCUGCGAGCCGCAGCAGGACCCGGCGCUGCGAGGCAAGAAGGAUGCAGAGGCUAGCUUCACCAUCAAAGUGCCACGGAGGAAUGUUGGCCCCUCAUCGACCCAGCUGUACAUGGUGCGCACCCAGCUUGAAGCCCUGAUCUCCGACAAGUCUGGUGGUAGACGCACUCUCCGCAAGGACCUGGACGCCGGUACCCUCACACAGAUCGAGACCUUCCACCGGCUCAGCUUCUAUUGGGGAUAUCUGCUGAAUCUAUCUGAUUCUCUCCAAAAGUGUUGCGAUCUAUCCCAGCUGUGGUACAGAGAGUUUUAUUUAGAGAUGACAAUGGGACGCAAAGUUAAUAAAUGCACGGUGCACCACCAGCACAACGAGGAAUGCAACGACCUGAUCACGAUGGAGAAGCGCAUCCAGUUCCCCAUCGAGAUGUCCAUGCCCUGGAUCCUCACCGACCACAUCCUGAGGACCAAGGAGCCUGCUAUGAUGGAAUACGUGCUCUACCCAUUAGACCUGUACAACGACUCGGCCCAGUACGCGCUGACGGUGUUUCGCAAACAGUUUCUGUAUGACGAAGUGGAGGCCGAGGUGAAUCUGUGCUUCGACCAGUUUGUUUAUAAACUGUCGGAGCAGGUCUAUGCGCAUUACAAGCAGUUGGCUAGCAGCAUGCUGCUGGACAAGCGGUACCGCGCGGAGUGCGCGGCGCGCGGCGCCAGUACGGGCGCGGCGCCCGGACGGUACGCCUCGCUGCUGCGCCAGCGACACGUCGCGUUGCUGGGGCGACAUGUCGACCUCUGCGCACUCGUGGCUCAGCGAAUCAAUGCGGAUAUGCAUCGGGCUUUGGACGCAGCGGUAGCGAAGUUCGAAGCCGGAGACAUCACUGGUGUCGUGGAACUAGAAGGCCUGAUAUCAGUGAACCGCCUCUGCCACAAGCUGCUGUCUCGAUACCUGACCCUGGACGAUUUCGAUGCGAUCCUCCGCGAGAGUGACCACGGAGUGCUCGCGCCCUACGGGAGGAUCACAUUGCACGUCUUCUGGGAACUAAACUUCGAUUUCCUCCCGAAUUACUGCUAUAAUGCCGCUACGGACCGUUUCGUGAAGUGCCGCGGCAUCCAGUUCGCGGCGGGCGUGACGCGCGAGAAGCCGCAGCAGUACGGCCAUGCUCUGCUGUGGGGCUCCAAGCAACUCUCUCUCGCCUACUCCGCGCAGUACGCGCAGUACGUCGGUUUCGUAGGCGCCCAGCACCUGCACGCGCUAGUCCGCCUACUGGGCUACCAGGGGGUGGCUGUAGUAGUAUCAGAGCUGCUGGACGUGGCCCGCGGCCUGCUGCACGGCACCAUCGCGCAGUUCACGCGGGCACUCGCCGCCGCCAUGCCCAGGCAUUGCAAGUUGCCCAGAUAUGACUACGGGUCUAAUGGUGUGCUAGGCUACUACCACGCUCAGCUGACGGACAUCGUGCAGUACCCGGACGCUAGGACGGAGCUGUUCCACGCGUUUAGAGAGCUCGGGAAUAUUAUACUCUUCUGUAUGCUUAUUGAACAGGCUCUCAGUCAAGAAGAGGUGACGGACUUGCUCCACGCGGCUCCAUUCCAGAAUAUUCUGCCGAGACCGUUCGCUGCAGAGGGCGAGAAGCCUGAGACGAAACAGAAGCGUCUCGAAGCGAAGUACGCGGCGCUACAGAUUGUGCAGAAUGUCGACAAAUAUGGCACUGCCAAGCAAGGCCAGCUGUCCCGCGAGGGCGACCUGCUGACCCGCGAGCGGCUGUGCUGCGGGCUGUCCCUGUUCUCCGUGGUGCUGCGCAGACUGCGCGCCUGCCUGGCCGCGCCGCAGUGGCCCGCGCCCCCCGCGCCCCACCACCACGCGCCCGCGCACACUGACGACACCAACGAGUUCCACAGACUGUGGUCGGCCCUGCAGUUCCUGUAUUGUAUACCCGUUGGUGACACGCAGUUUACUGUCGAGGAGCUAUUCGGCGAAGGUCUCCACUGGGCUGGGUGUACGAUUAUAGCGUUGCUGGGUCAGCAGAGAAGGUUCGAAGCUCUGGACUUCUGCUACCACAUCCUGAGAGUGCAGCGAGUCGACGGGAAGGACGAGUCGGUUAAAGGGAUUCCCCUAAAACGCAUGGUGGACCGCAUCCGGCGCUUCCAAGUGCUGAACUCGCAAAUAUUCGGCGUCCUCGCGCGCCACCUGGCGGCCGACGAGGAGAGGGCCGGCGUCGAGCACGUGCGCUGCUUCCCUCCGCCCUCCGCGCCCAUACAUCAGAUCAAUUAGACUGGAGGACCCUUUGUGGAAGGUUGUGUUGUUAACACACCCUGUUUGUGAAGGUGUAGGUGUAUUAAAACAUCCUGUAUUAUGACUUGAACAAUGUGCUGUUACAUAAAACACACCCUGUAUAACUGCUUGUACAACAGCUUAUCAUUCUGUGUGUAGUUUGUUUAUGUUGUUAAAACACCCUGUUUAUAAGGUUAGCGGUGUUUAGAAACACCCUGUAUUAUGACUUGAGCAACACCCUGUGUUACAUAAUCUUGUAUUUAGACACACCCUCUAUAAUAAUUUGUACAACAGCUUAACACCCUGUUUGUAAGGUUAGAGUGUUUGAGAAACAUCCUGUUUUAUGACUUAAACAUAACAUUCUGUAUUCUAGUUUUAUCUAGAAUCACUGUAUAAUGACUUGAACAACCCUUAGUAUGAGUUUUCUUUAUUUAUAUUUUAACAAUCUUUAGUAUGAUUGGUUAAUUCGAACCGGCCAAUCAGAGUGCCGAACGCGCUCUCGUUUCGAUUACUUUAAACGUAAAACAAACUCGUACUAAGGGUACUGUAUACUUUUGAAGACAACUGAAAAUGUAUUCCAAUAAUAUAAGUACCUAUGUAGACAUAUAGCUUAAUAUAUAAGGAAUAUUAAAACUUUCCAUAAGUAAGUAGAUAAACUUAAAAAUCACUGUUCACUCACUUACAUUAAUGGAGAAAAGCUCUACUAGUUUCGAGUCACAGAGGGACUCUUCAUCAUGAGCAGCGUGCGCAGACGGCGACGUCGCGCAGCCUACUGAGAGUAGAGUAAAAAAGAGAGAGAGUGAGAAAGAGAGUAUGAAAAGUCCCUCUGUGACUCGAAACUAGUAGAGCUUUUCUCCAUUAAUGUACGUGAGUAAACCGUGAUAUUUAGUUAAUUUAGUAUGUCUCACGAUAGUUAUUAUAAAGAUAUUUUCCAAGAAUUCUUUAAUAAGUUAUUAUGAAUUCGCAUUUUUGAAUAAUCUAAAGACUUUAUAUUAUCAGAUUAAGUCCUAAUUUUUAGUAUAAUACUAACUGAUGCCCGUGGCUUCACUCGCUUGGAUUCGUGGACUUUGUGACUAAUAAAAGUAGCCCAAGUUACUCCUUAGUACAUCAGCUACCUGCCAAUAAAAGUCCCGUCAAAAUCGGUCCAGCCAUUUCAGAGAUUAGUCAGAACAAACAAACAGAUAAAAAAUGUAAAAAUAAUAUUUAUUUAUGUAUUUAAUUCAAAAGUUACAACAGUAGACAACCAAUUAAAGCAACUUACAUACAUAACUAAAACAUAAUUAAACAGGAAUUAACAGCAUUCAUAAGUUCGCCUCGCAGUACUUCAGGCAUUCCGACAUAAUAUUUUGGUGAUUGUAUAUUCAUAUGCAUGUAGUAAAAUAAAUAGUUCAACAAACAGACACUUCAAUUUUAUUUAUUAGUCUAUUACUUUACUAAUAUUAUAAAUGCGAAAGUUUGUGUGUAUGUUACUCAAUCAUGUCAAAACAGCUGAAGUGAUCGGGAUGAAAUUUGGAACAGGGGUAGAUUAUGGUCUGGAAUAACACUUAGGAUACGUUUUAACCCACGAGAACGCAGACGAAGCCGCUGGUAGAAGCUAGUAAUCGAUAUUAUUUAAGAUUUGUCUCUCAUUAAAAUAUUUUUGGUUAAAAAUCUAUUUAGAAUUAAUUCUCACAUAAGUAUUAGAAAUAUAUUAUUUGGCUAUGUAUAAUGUAAUUUAUUGAAAUCAUGAAUUUUGUAUCGACGUGAGCUAAUGGUAACAUGUAAACAGUGACUCGUGUAGUGUAGAGAUUGUCCAGUCAACUGAUGGUAGCGUGGACUGUCCAGGGGAUGUAUGCAAGAAUAUCAUAAGAAUUAUGUAAUCUUUUUUAUUAUAAUUAUGAAAUAAAGUAUACAAACCUUAAAAA